UGCUUUCACAGGAGGAAAGUGAUGGGGAAGCCAGGCAAAGGUCAGAGAGGAUGUUCAGCCAGAACCCCGGGCUGGACGUCAGGUACCAUUUGUGCCUCCGUCUUUCAGCCCCAUUUCAGGCCUCUGUGUUUGUUCCUCAUUAUUCAGCAGACGUUCUAGUGACUCACCCACCCGAGAUUGUUUGAAUAAUGUGUGUGAAGUGCUGUUCGCAGACAAAGGGCUGGAGAAUUCCAAGAUGCUAACUAAAAAGUUGACAUCACUUUCCCUCCUGUAAGAUGGCAGGGGAAGAAAAUUGCAGCGUGGGAGGCCAAGUAGAGGACCAUUCGUUUCCUUUGCUGAAUUAGUUUCCUCCUUUUGGGACCUUCCUGGAUGAAGCUCAGUUUGCCCAUCUGUGAAAGGGGAGUGUGGAUUUCUUGCCGUUAGGUGGAGCCAGAGGUUAAGCUAGUGCUUGGAGAUCCCUGCCUGCCUGCUGAACCAACCCCCAGGGUGGAGAACUGACAGGUGGCCAAGCGGUGCUUGGGCUGGCUCGGGGCACACAUGCUGAGCCGGCAGUUAGAACCAGAAUCCGAAACAGCCGAUCACAUGCAGCUGGGAGCCCUUUAUUUUCCGGCCUGCGGUUGCCGACACAAUUAUCGAGCUAUGUUGAAUAUGUCUCUAUAUUAAUUAAAAGAGAAGCGGGGAUAAAUAAUGCGCCUUUGCUGGAGCUGCCACAGGGACUGCAGGCUCAGGAUUUGCAAGCCGGCUCACCACGGGGCUGAGCGAGAUGUCAGCCCAAGGAAGGAACUUAGAUGCCUUGGAGAUUGAUGCCUCCGGAGAGAUAGUCUCCAGAGGGGGUGCAAGGUCUGGGCUAGGGGAGCAAAAGGACUCCAUUAUGUUAAAUAAAGCCCGUAUCCUAUGGCAGCAGCCACUAAGGAGCUUACCAGAAUAAGCCAAUGACAUUCCUCGUUUGGCCUGAGCAGCUCAGAGUCAGGAAGUCAGAGCGCAGUUCGUUAUGAAGGGUAUUACAAAGGAUACAGAUGAAUAGCCACAUGGAGAAAUAUACAUGGGACAAGGUCCAGAAGGGUCCCGAGUGCAGGAGCUUCUGUCCCGGUAGAACUGGGGUACACCAUCCUCCUGGCAUGGAUGUAUCCACCAACCUGGAAACUCCAGUAAAACUUCUUUUAUUGCCAACUACAUCAGGAAUGAGACUGGCUGCAAAUAACAGAAGAGCGUGCUAAGAUAGAAAAUCCAGCAGCUCUCAGAGGGCUCCAUGUUUGGCCACGGCCUGAAGCACCUGUUCCACAGCCGGCGCCGGUCUCGGGAGAGGGAGCAUCAGACGUCUCAGGAUUCCCAGCAGCAGCAGCAGCAGGGCAUGUCCGACCAUGACUCCCCGGACGAGAAGGAGCGCUCCCCGGAGAUGCACCGCGUCUCCUACGCCAUGUCCCUGCACGACCUGCCCGCGCGGCCCACCGCCUUCAACCGCGUGCUGCAGCAGAUCCGCUCCCGGCCCUCGAUCAAGCGGGGCGCCAGCCUGCACGGCAGCGGCGGGGGCGGCGGCGGGGGCGGCAGCCGGCGCACCAAGAGCAGCUCCCUGGAGCCCCAGCGCGGCAGCCCCCACCUGCUGCGCAAGGCCCCCCAGGACAGCAGCCUGGCCGCCAUCCUGCACCAGCACCAGUGCCGCCCCCGCUCCUCCUCCACCACCGACACCGCCCUGCUGCUGGCUGACGGCGGCAACGUGUACCUCCUGGCCGAGGAGGCCGAGGGCGGCGAUAAGGUUGACAAGGGAGACCUUGUGGCCCUGAGCCUCCCCGGCGGCCCCGGCCACGGUGAUGCAGACGGUCCCGUCAGCCUGGAUGUGCCGGACGGGGCCCCCGACCCCCAGCGGACCAAGGCUGCCAUCGACCACCUGCACCAGAAGAUCCUGAAGAUCACCGAGCAGAUCAAGAUCGAGCAGGAGGCGCGGGACGACAACGUGGCCGAGUACCUGAAGCUGGCCAACAAUGCGGACAAGCAGCAGGUGUCGCGCAUCAAGCAGGUGUUCGAGAAGAAGAACCAGAAGUCGGCCCAGACCAUCGCCCAGCUGCACAAGAAGCUGGAGCACUACCGCCGGCGCCUGAAGGAGAUAGAGCUGAACGGGCCCUCGCGGCAGCCCAAGGACGUGCUGCGGGACAUGCAGCAGGGCCUGAAGGACGUGGGCGCCAACGUGCGCGCGGGCAUCAGUGGCUUCGGGGGCGGCGUGGUCGAGGGCGUCAAGGGCAGCCUCUCGGGCCUCUCGCAGGCCACCCACACCGCGGUGGUGUCCAAGCCCCGGGAGUUCGCCAGCCUCAUCCGCAACAAGUUUGGCAGCGCCGACAACAUCGCCCACCUGAAGGACCCUCUGGAGGACGGGCCCCCCGAGGAGGCGGCCCGGGCGCUGAGCGGCAGCGCCACCCUCGUGUCCAGCCCCAAGUACGGCAGCGAUGACGAGUGCUCCAGUGCCAGCGCCAGCUCGGCCGGGGCGGGCAGCAACUCCGGGGCUGGGCCGGUGGGGGCGCUAGGGAGCCCCAAGUCGAACACACUGUACGGGGCCCCCGGAAGCCUGGACGCUCUGCUGGAGGAGCUGCGGGAGAUUAAGGAGGGACAGUCCCACCUGGAGGACUCGAUGGAGGACCUGAAGGCUCAGUUGCAGAGGGACUACACCUACAUGACCCAGUGUCUGCAGGAGGAGCGCUACAGGUACGAGCGGCUGGAAGAACAGCUCAAUGACCUGACCGAGCUUCACCAGAAUGAAAUGACCAACCUGAAGCAGGAGCUGGCCAGCAUGGAGGAGAAGGUGGCCUACCAGUCCUACGAAAGGGCUCGGGACAUCCAGGAGGCCGUGGAGUCCUGCCUGACCCGCGUCACCAAGCUGGAGUUGCAGCAGCAGCAGCAGCAGGUCGUGCAGCUGGAGGGCGUGGAGAACGCCAACGCGCGGGCUCUGCUGGGCAAGUUCAUCAACGUGAUCCUGGCGCUCAUGGCCGUGCUGCUGGUGUUCGUGUCCACCAUCGCCAGCUUCAUCACGCCCCUCAUGAAGACACGCCUGCGCAUCACCAGCACCGCCCUCCUGGUCCUCGUCCUCUUCCUCCUCUGGAAGCACUGGGACUCCCUCACCUACCUCCUGGAGCACGUGCUGCUGCCCAGCUGAGCGGCCAGCCCACCCCUGCCCCGUGCUCCCCCCGGCCCCAAGAUGGCCACGCUUCUCCAGGAGGGACCCGGGGACUCCCGAGUCCCUUGAACUUGUUCGUGUGUCUGGUUUGGCCUCCUGCCCAAACUGUCCAUUCCAGCAGCUCCUGCCCCCUUCUCUGUUCUUGCUUCUGUCUGACGCCUUCUCCCUGUUGGCCUGAAGGGAGCCUCGAGCGCAGCCCUGGCCGGGCACAGUGAGGACAUCCGUGGCCAAAUGGAGCAGAGGAGGACACCGGGAUGGACCGUUCUGAUUAUUUACAGUCACACAAGGACUUCUCCCAGCGGACUCAGGAUGCAGCAAGUCAGGAGGGUCAAGAAGAGGAGCAGGAGAGGGCCACGCCCCAUCCCUCCAGGGAAGAGCCCAACCUGGAGACAUCCACAGUUCCCUCCUGCGGAGAUGGUCGGGGGUGAAGGCCAGACAGCAAGCGGGGGGUGGGGCUCUGCUGGCCUCAGAGAAUGCCAGGGAGAGAGGGCAGGUCCCCCCAGCCUCUGGGCACCUGCCGGGCCAGAGGGCAGGCUCGGUCCACCCCUGGCUCCUCCAGAGCUGGUUUGAGGCUCACUUCUGGGCUGGGCCCUUCCCGGGAUAUGAAGAACGCAGGCUCUGGAGGCCAGGUGGAGUACAGCUUUUGGACUUGUGUUUUCCCUGUUGUUCUUUCUGCCUGUCACUGGAUCUGCUCUUUUCAGGGAAACAGGCCCCAGGGGCCCCCCGAGCCUCAGCCUAAGCCCUUAGGCCUCUGGGAGCAUGUUGGGUUCUAUUUAUUUAUUUAUUUAUUUAUUUGUUCCUUUGUACCUUGUCCCCCCUGAGCUCCAGGGAGAGGGAGAGGCCCUGCCCCUGUCCUCUCUCGGAAGCCAGGGCCUUCUUCUUGGCUGUUGGGCACUUCCAUACCAUUUCGCCUCUGGAUAAUCCUGGCUAGGGGAAGGGGGGCGAAGCCACCCAGCCCCACUCUCCCAAAGCACCCCUCAGCCAGGACGGGAGGAGCAUAGCCUCUCUUUUAUACAUCUGUUUAUUUUGUAUGUGUGUAUUUGUGUGGAGGAGGUUGUUUGUUGCUUUAUUUUUUUAAGGCUCUGGAGUGUUGUGUAUGGUUUCUCUUCACAUCCCAGCCUUCCCACGGGCACUUCCAAGAAGAGAGGGCAUUUCUCGCAAAACAAAAGAGAAAUCCCUUCGAGCGGAGGAGGGUAGUGCCUGUCAGCUGUGGUGGACCUUCCUGAAAAAUAAAUAUCCUCUCAAUUUUCAAAGCA